AUGGACCCAGCAUCAAAGGAGAAAGCGCUUGAAAAAAGGACGGCACGGCAUGACGCCAUUCGCGUAGAAAACAUUAGAAAGGAGAGACACUAUGCAAAGGAAUGGUUCAAACGAUGGGGAUUCCUUGCUCAAGGAGAGCAGCCAGAAAAUGCGCUCCAAGCCUUCUGUCAAGGUUAUCAUGAGUUCGUCAGAGAUUUUCGCAUAGACGAGGUUCUUGAAACAGAGUACGGCCAACGCCGUAAAGCACAGCGUUACGUUGGUAGCAAAUUAUAUCAAAACCUUACACCAGGAUCACGCGGUUGGUUGAAUUCCCUCGCUGUAUUCGAUAAACAAGAGCCACAUCGGCUCCAUGGCCUUCUUGGAACCGCUCGAGAUGGAUCGCCUUUGUGGACUGGGUUUCCGCUGCCGCCCCCACUGUGGAGCCCUCAAGUUGACAGAGAAGCAGAACUCAAAGAGGGAGGAGGAUUUUAUCGGCUGUUGUCGAACGCACUGCCGCUCGACCGAAAAGCGCCGGACAGCAGAGACCUCGUGUGCCGCUCUAUCUCGUACAACCUUCAGAAAUUGAGCGAUACUCUUGAUGUUUCCAUCGUCAUCGCCUUCUACAAUGAGCCAGUGUCUACGCUUCUAAGGACGGUACACUCCAUUCUGAAUUUCACGCCUCCUCCUCUCGUUCGGGAAGUCAUUUUGGUGAAUGAUUGCUCCGACGACAUCGCCCUUCUUCCGGGGGGAUUCCUUGACCAAUAUACGCCAUACCUGCCCAAGACGUCUGUUGUGCAUUUGGAUGAGAGGAGUGGGGUUGUCGCUGCGAGGCUCGCGGGCAUUCAAGCAGCGUCUUCUCCUGCCAUAGUGCUUCUGGACAGCCACGUCGAAGUGAAUGUGGGCUGGCUAGAGCCGCAGCUCCAGCGUCUUUGGGGAUCACCCGAAUCAAUUGUGUUUCCACAAAUCGACAGCAUCCUUCCGACGGAUUUUUCAUUUAGCAACAAAAGUGGAAUCGGGUGCUGGCUUUCGUUCAACUGGGAUGUUCAAGAAAGACCAACUCUCACUGGUACCGUUUCCUCGCCGGACGCUAUCAUGUCCCCUGUUCAUGCUGGAGGCCUUCUCGCUUUCAGAAAAGACUUGUUCCUCAGGAUAGGAGGAUAUGACAAAGGCUUCACCUUCUGGGGCGCCGAGAAUGUGGAACUUAGCUUUCGAACGUGGAUGUGCGGAGGCCGUUUGGAAUGCACGCCAUGCGCCCGCGUGUAUCACCUGUUCAGAGAGGGAGGAGUUGGAUACGAGACUCCGCCUGAGGCACUGUGGAGAAAUCGGAUGCGGACUGCACGGCUUUGGAUGGAUGAUUAUUACGAAUUGGCUGCUGCUCACAAUCCUUACCAUCUGGAUCAUAAAUCGGUGACGAUUGGCAAUGUGGAAGAGAUGGAGGCGCUAAAGAAAAGAUUAAACUGCAAGGGCUUUCAGUGGUUCCUGAACGAAGUCGACCCGAAGCACGAGUUUCGGCACCUCCGAGAAACAAUCCUAGGUUUGGGCCACAUAAAGAGCGAACACAGGAGAGAUCUUUGCCUCGAUGUGAUGAACAACCCAGCAAAAGGAAAUUCAAUUGGGCUCUUCUACUGUCACGGUCUCCUGGGGAACCAGGGCUUCAUUUUAACACAAAAUCCAGGUCAGGUGCGCCUCCUUCUCACUGAGAAGGAAUCCCACGAGAAACUGUGUCUGACGCCCCGAGCAACAAUGGAAACGUGCGACUCAACUUUAGAGACUGCUCAGUAUGAGUUCGACUUCGAUACUGGAACGAUCAGAUGGACCGGAGAUGAUGAAUGGAGAGACACCUGUAUGCAGGUUGUGCCCGCGAGUGGCAAUGAGCUGCCGUGGGUUAAAUGGCAACCCUGCGACAAAGCGAACCCCAAUCAGAAGUGGUCCUGGCCGCCGUUCCCUUCGUCCAGAUAUUUGCCUGCGGAAGAGAAACGCCGGCGAGGCUUACAAGAUGAACCGAAAACCAUGGACUCACCGCGCGUGCUACUAAGAAGCAAACGCGUUUCCUCGCUGUGUGUCGACGCUCUUUCGCAUCCUGAUCACGGCACCCGACUCGGAGUUACCGCCUGCCAGUCUGCGGGAUCUGGAACCCAGCGGUUCGUUAUAAUGGGGUAG